UGCGAAAGACACCGAUCAAACCAUCCCGGACAUCGCGAGCUCUCGCGCCGUCGCCAUGUCCGGGGCGCCCCCGCCACGCCCCGGCGUGUGGCUCUGUCGGCGAUCCUCGCGCUCGGUCGCUGCCUUGCCCUCCGAGGAGACGGGGCGGCACCGCUUCCUCGUAGGCACCUGCGACCUGAACAGCCCGAAUGAGAUCCAUUUGGUGGAGUUUGCGGAGGAGACGGCGGAGAUCGCCUGCAAGCAAACCAUCCCGACAGAUGACGAGGUUUGGCUGAUUAGUCCUUGCCCGACGGAUUCGAAACUGGUUCUCACUUCCGGGACCUGCCACAGCGGCACCAAGAACAGUGCAUCCUUGCGUGUGCUGAGACUGGACAACGGGGAGGUGACCCAGCAGCCUUUGUUGGUGGACGAGGAGCAUCCCUUAAGUUCAUCGGUGAAGAGCGCCUUGUGGGACCCUCACCAGAAAGGCAGCCUGGUCUUGGCUGACAGCGAGGCGGUGCAUAGCUUCCAGGGAGCCUCAGCCUCUGGUGGUACCUUGCUGCGGCAGAGCACGCUGGACGUGGGGCAGAGGUGCAAUGGCGCCUGCCUGGACCCACAUCAUCGACAGCAGCUCAGUACCGUGGACGACGGCCAUUUGAAGACGUGGGAUCUGCGAAGCAAUCGCUUGGCCUUCCGGAAGGAUGGAGCGCACCUGUUUGGAGCCAAAGAUGUGGAUUACAAUCCCAAUGUGCCAUAUCAGGUGCUCACCACCGGAGAGGAUGCAUGUCUCCGCUUCUGGGAUCUCAGGCAGCUCAGCAGCUCCUUACGUUCCUUAACGGGCGGACAUCACCACUGGGUGGUUCGCUCCCGGUACAAUGCGCACCACGACCAGCUGGUGCUCUCCUGCGGAAGCGACUCGCUGCUCUGCUUGUGGCGCAUUCCUUCGGUGGCGUCGGCGCCCUUGGGCGCCGCGAAGGCCCAGGAUGCGCAGAAGAGCCCGGAUGGGCUGGUGCGGAAGUAUGAAGAGCAUGAGGACUCCUGCUAUAGCUGUUGCUGGAGCGCCGCCGAUCCCUGGGUCUUUGCGUCGGUGUCCUUCGACGGGAAGCUGGUAGUGAAUCGGGUGCCGGGUGAGGAGAAGUAUAGGAUCCUGAUGUGAGCACAUUGUGUGUAUGCCGCAAAUGCUGGUCAAAUAACGAGAACAGCCGAGAAAGGC